UGCCUAACAAGUGUUUAGUUUAACUUGGAAUCAAUUUGGGCUCAAGUACGUGGGCUUUGGUAUUCUAAUGUGUUGGGCUUAUAACUUGCCUCAAUCUUUCAUUCUUUUGUCAUCGUUUCGUUGUCCGAGUCUCCAUCGUUUUUUCGACAUCACACCUCCCUCCGAUCUAUCAUUUCAACUUUGAACUUUAAUUUUAUGAUGGUAGGGAGAGAGACACACUAAAAAUGGAUAUCUACCACCUAUGAAAAAGAGACGAGGGACAUUAUUAAAUUAAAGGAAAUGAUAAAUUAUUAUUAAUUAUCAUGAAUUGAGGAAUGAUAAUAAUAUUCAUAAUUAAGGAUAUCUGUCUGUUCUUUACCUUCGUCUUCUACCUCCCCGAUAGCAGAUCUCUCUGUUUGCUGCUGAGAUUAAAGAUCAAAGAGCAGCGUCGGUGGUGCUGGUGAAUCAAUGACGACGACGCUUUGGUAGCGAUAAACCAAGAGGACCACGACAGCUUCGCCGGUUGGUUUCUCUGUUCGGCAGGAUGGAAGGCUUCCUGGGUUUUAACGUUUUCAGAGUCGCGGACGAUUCAGAUCUACGAAAGCUACCUCCCUCUCGGCGUCAUCCCUUCGUACUCUCUUUCUCUCUGGUGCGGGUUGACGGUGGCGAAGAAGAGGUGGAAAAGAAGCCCACCGGAAUCUGUGGGUUUCAAUUCGGAAAAGAAAGAAGGGUUAACGUCGGCAGAGAAGAAGCCUAACGACGCCUUCUAAUUCUCAAUUGCGGUCGGAGAUCCCUAGCCUUCUUUCACACCUUGUCUGUCGCUGUCAAGGUCUUUGUCCAAAACCAUAAACCAUCACCGUCGAAUGAUAUGGGAAUCACGUCGCCCUCCAUCCCCACUCAAUCUUGCCGACUCUCUCUAUCUCGGGAUAUCGUCGUAGAUUUGGGAUUAUGAUUUGGUGGCAGUAAUGGCGAUUGAAGAAUUCACGCACCUAGAACCUUGAAUCGGCGCAGAGGAAAUCAAUAAGGAAACGUCUGUGGGGAAAAACACCGGAGGUCCGUCACCAGCUCCUUCAGCCACCUUCCUUUCUCCCUCAGCGGCGCGAACUGUAGAGAGAUAAGCAGAAGGCAGAGGAGGCAGAUUUUUUGGGUGGGUUAAUGGUUUUUUUAGGUUGGGUGGGUUGGGUUGUGUUUAUAUGAGGUGGCGGGUCAAUUUCUGUUUUUUCUUGGGUUUAAAUUGGGUGACUAGACAUCUCUGUUAGCCACAUCAGCAGUUAACUGACGGCACUAACGGAGUCUGACGGAGCCUGGAGGUUAACAGAGAGUGACCAAACUUGGACUGUUCAACUAAUUUAAGUGACUACGAAUGGAAUAAACCAAUUCGAGUGACCAAACGUGAAAUUUUAUAGCAAUUCGAGUGAACAAACUUGCAAUUUAGUCGUACAUUUUCAUUUUUAUAAUGUUUAUACACUCAUGAUUAGUAAGAAAUUAGUUGAGACAAGAAAUGAAAAUGGUUAUAUGUGGAUAUUCUUGGAUACUAAAAACUCGAUUGGGUUUGAGCAUACCCGAAUCUUAUAUGAGUACUGAUAUGAAUAAAAUCUAAGCUAAUUAAGAUACGGUAACAAAUAUCAACAAUCUACCCAAAACCGAUGAGUUUCCAUCCUUACAUGAGUUUAUGUUACAAGCUACAACUAUUGAAAUACCUUUUUGAAUAAUUUUCAAUCCUUGCAAAUAAGGUAAUUAGGCUAGGGAGCACUACUUUCCAACCAUAAGGGCAAGCGCGAUUAUUUUCUAGUAAUAAUAAUAUAUCAUUAACACAACGUUGGGGUUAAUUGCAGGGUUGGUCACUGAGAUUACAAAAAACGUUCAUGUUUGGUCACUAGAAAUAUUUAAAUCCAAUAUUGGUCACUCUAAUUAGUUAAAUGGUUCAAGUUUGAUCACUCUCCGUCCAACUCCGUUAACUCUUGCUUAUGUGGCAAUCAACUUUUAUAGUUGACCGUUAAAUGUGCGACGUGGCAAUUAAAAAAUAAUAAAUUAAUUUAAAUUAAUUUUUAUAUUUCCACCUCAUUUCUAACCGAAGCAGUGAUGGUAAUGUUGACUGACUGUCACUCCCCGCCAUCCUCCGAUUCUCCUAGCCACUUCGCAUUCAUACUUAGCAUUCAGUUCGCCCUGGCGGCCAUUAAGACUGGAAUCAUCGCUCUCGCUGUAAGCUAACAUUACAUUAGAGUACCUCAAGCAAUGACAUUUCUGUCAUUAACUUGAAACCAUGACAGAGAACAUGGUAUAUUCUAAUCUCAGGAAGGAGUAGCAGUUCGGAGGAGCUUUGCACAGUACAAGAACUAACACAUCGACGGAAACAAAGAAAUGAUAGCCUUAGGCUUCGGGACGAUGAAUAUUGUAAGUUCCUUAACCUCCUGCUACCUGGCCCCGAGCUCAUUCUCGCGAACCGCGGUGAACUACAAAGCAGGAUGCAGGACAACAGUGUCGAACAUAGUCAUGGCGGUAGCUGUGAUGUUUACUCUGCCAUCACGAGGGCCCAUGACCUUGCCGUCGACCAACACACCAAGCUCCACAUCUCCACCGACGACCGAUCGCGGUUCAACCCGCCGCUCCCCAUCGGUUACCUCGGUAAUGGCCCAUGGCGGAGGGAGGGGAAUUGGUCUCCAAGCCGCUGAUUCGGACCGUAGAUCGGAUCCAUGGCGUGAUUAAGCAUAUGGAGGACGAGUAUUUGAGAUUUGCAAUCGAUUAUCCCAACGAUUCAUCGACGAUUAUGCAUGUUCCUGGGACCUUCGAGUGCUCCGAUUUCAAGUGGGGCAGGCUGAUCUUCAAUCGGCCGGCGAAUCUGUUUGAGGGGAAGGGGGACAUCUUGCCCAAGUACAGUGUCGACGGGAAUAUAUCACUAGCACUGUGCUUGGAGACUUACGCCAUGGAGAAUUUCAGGAAGAAGGUCUACGAAGUGGAUGGGUGAAGAAGAAGAAUAAGAAGAAGAAAAGGAGAAUUUGAUUCUGGGUUGGGGUUAAUUUGCUUGAUUUGUGUGUCUUCUAAUAACAGUUCUCUAUUGAUUCUGGGUCGGUCAGCAAUCGAUUAGAAAUGAGGUGGAAAGUAUAAAAAUUAAACUAAAUUAAUUAUUUUUAAUUGCCACGUCGCAUAUUUAAGGGUCAACUAUAAAAGUUGACUGCCAUAUAAGGAAGAGUUAGCGGAGUAACUUAAACCAUUUAAUUAAUUAGAGUGACCAAGAUUGGAUUUAAAUAUUUCUAGUGACCAAACAUGAACGUUUUUUGUAAUCUCAGUGACCAACAAUACAAUUAACCGCACAACAUUGUGUAACAUUUUUUUUGAUGAAUUGUUGAAUUUUAUUCAUCAAAAUAGUGGAGGGUCUAUGGGAAGUAGACUAACUCCAUGAAUAAAAGGUUCAGCACAAUAGAAAGUAAAUAAGAAAAGGAUCAAGGAGGUUGGAAAGCAGUGCUAGAGAUGGUUCCGAAGAACAAAGAAUACAAGUGGGUAAUAUGUUGCACAGGGACAAGCUUGUGAGCCAAAGCUAAUUCGCAAACAACACUGCAAAUUUUGUUGAUAGUGGAGGUGGGAGUCUCUCUUUCAUCCUUGAAUAUUCUUGCAUUCCUCUCAAUCCACAACUGCCAAAAGAUUACUAAUGGGAGGAUGCGAACAACCUUCUUGUAUCGAACACCUCUUGAAAGAUACGUCCAUUGUUGGAGUAACUCUCUACAACGUCUUGGCUUGGGACCUUGAAGUUGCAGCUGCCAGAAGAAAAAAUCCCAUACUUGGUUUGCAUAGAGGCAAUGCAUAAGAAGGUGAUCUGAGGACUCUCCUGCAGCAUAACACAUGCAACAAAAAUUGGGCAAACACCAUCCACGAGUAAUAAGUUGAUCGAGAGUAAGGAUUUUCCCUUGGAAAACCAACCAAGCGAAAGCCGAUAUUUUUGGUGGUGCGAUCUGGUUCCAAAUAAUCUUCCCUGGGAAGUUCUCACCAAGUCCCAUAAAAGCCUCUCGAGUAAUGUAUGAGUAGGUGCUCUUGACAGAGAACCGCUUAUCCGGAAGUAAACAUUGUAGAGAAGCUGAGUCUGCAUUUAGCCACUGAAUAGAUAUAGCAUUGAGGAGAUCUUGAAAAAGUUGGUACUGACUUUGCAGAUUUCCCCUGAAGCUAUUAUUGAACUCUACAUACCAUGUAGUAGUGUCAUUCUGAAUUUGGUACGCUUCAGAAAGCAGACAGGAACGGUUGGAAGCAGCCGCAUAAAGGGAAGAGAAGGACUUAGCAAGGAUGAUAUGUGGAAUCCAUGGGUCCUUCCAGAAAGAGAUAGGAGAGUUGUACCCGGGUUUGAUCACUGCAAUACGCCAGAAUUCAUGCUCAACCUUCAAAAUUCUUCGCCAAAUUGAGUUGCGCAUAUGGCCAUAGUUUUGUUGAAGAAUCCAAGAAUUUGAGCUGUAAUUGAAUUUGCAAGAAAUGAGAGAUCUCCACCAAGAGUUCGGCUCAACAUGGAACCUCCAAAACCAUUUAAGGAGUAAGGAGGUGUUGAAGCUGUUCAAAUCUUUGAUAGACAAUCCUCCCAUAGAGCGUGGCGCCUUCGUGAUCUUCCAAUCAACUAAGUGAAUUUUGGACUCUCCAAUUCCAGCCCAAAGGAAGCGUUUUAGAAUUUUCUCCAACUUGUGUAUAAUAUAUUUUGGGGUCAGCAGCAAGGACAACAGAUACAGUAGCUCAAUACUCCUCCAACAUUAUGCCAUUAAUAGAUAGUAGACACCACAUCCCGCUAGCUCCAUUGAUAUGGCGGUUCAUUCACAACUUGCGCUGAUGUUCUUGAUAAAUAUGAAGCUUAAUUAAGAACAUAUGAAACU